AUGGCGUCAGCAUCAUAUUCAACAGAUUUUAAACGAAAAAAUCCAUCGGAUUAUACGAAUGGAAAUCAAAAUAAAAAAAGUCAUUGGUCAACAGUUCUAUCAACUGCUUUGGAAGAUGAAAGUGUACGAGUAUAUAAAGAUGAUUUAUGUACGGUGAUUAUAGAUAAAUUUCCAAAAGCUCGUAUUCAUUUACUUGUUAUGCCUAAUCAAUAUAUCGCAGAUGUCAAAAGUCUUAAUAAUACUGAUCUUCCUUUAAUUAAACAUAUGCUUAAAAUUGCUAAAGAGGUUGCUGAAAAAACUGCAGCAAAAGCAAAUGCUCGUGGUAUAUUUAAUGAAUUUCGUUAUGGUUUUCAUACAAUUCCAACUCUGUCACUUCUUCAUAUGCAUGUCAUUAGUCAAGAUUUUAUAUCAAAUAGUUUAAAAACAAAAAAACAUUGGAAUUCGUUUACAACUAAUUAUUUUAUUGAUGCAAGUGAAGUUAUUGAUGAAUUACAAGCAAAUGGUUCUGUUCGUAUUGAUACAACACGAAUGAAAAAACUUCUUGACGAAGAUUUAAAAUGUCAUCGGUGUUCAAAUAAUUUCGCAACAAUGCCUAAACUUAAACAACAUUUACUAACACAUACUUCAUAA